AUGUCUUCACAAACUUUACAUCCUAAACAAGAUGCUGUCAAUAAAUUCUUAACUGUUCUAAAGGAUUUUAGAAAAGAUGAAACACGAGUUAACAAUACUCUUGGUUUUACUCCUUUUGAUAAAAAGCAGCUUAAACAAGCAACUGUUAUGGCUUCCGAAUUAAUGAUUGUAGCCAAUGAAAACCCUAAUGACCCAAUUGAAAAUGUUUUAAAAGUUGCUCAAGAAAAAACUAAAACAAAUGAUCCAGAACUUGUUCAUUGGGCUCUUAUGAUCUUUAUAUCUCAUCAUCCAAGUGCACGUUCUGGUCAAUUGCAUAUCCCACCAUUAACCAAACAUACCCCUCAUAACUCUGUUCCUAAACAACAACUUAAUGUCUUGGCUCCAGGUCCUGCUAUCUUUGGCAGUGGUGGAUUAACAGCUGCUGCUGGUCAACAACAACAAGAAUCCCUAAUUCAAAAUAUUAAUGAAGCUGAAUUUGCUAUAAAUUUCUGGCAUGAAGAUCCAAAUUUUAAUGAACAUCAUGAACAUUGGCACAUUGUCUAUCCUGGUGAGGGUGUUCCUGAUCCUAAAAGAGCUGCUUUAGGAAUUUCUCUUGUCAAUCCAUUAGACAAUUUUGAUGAACCAAUUCCGGAAGUGUACAAUCCGAGUGGAAAUCUAGUUGACAGUGAUCAUACACCAUUUGCAACUCGUCCUUCUGGAUUACGUAUAGGUGACUUGGGUGAGGGGAUGACAGUUGCUGAAUUGAAACAAAUUGAAGCAAAUAUUAAAGCAGCUAUUAAGAAAGGUCAAUUUAAAGAUGAUGCUGAAAAUGAUCCUGGAGUUCUUUAUAUGCCACAUACAGCUGCUAGAGAUCUGAUAUUUUGGAGGUGGCAUCAACAUAUUGAUGAUAUAUUUGAUUUAUGGGUGAAAACACUUCUGCCUAAUGAAUUUUCAUCAGAUGCUCCACCUGUAAAAAUAAGAAAUGGUGAUGUGAUAUUGGCAUUCAAAGAUUUACUAAAUUUAAGUUUAAACAAUCAAACACAAGAUAAAGAAGUGGCAGAAUUUGGUGAAAAAAAUUUCGGUGGUGUGAAUUUUGAUUCGGACGUAUCAAACAAUCUGGUGGUCACCAAAGAACUACAAACAAAAAUGAAAACCAGGAAAUGGACUUGGGUGGAGGACAGUGGUUUGACUGAAGAUAUUAGUUACCUAUUUCCCAGGGAAUAUUAUUAUUAUUUCCGUGUUGAGAAUACUUCUAGUUCUAAUCAAGAUUCACCACAAAAAACUGAAGAUGAGUUAGAUGACACAACAACACUACCAGGUACACAAGAGGAUCUAGCAGAAAAAUAUUGUGACUGUGAUAAAGUCCCUACUUUGAGUAGGAGUGGUAGUUUGAGUUUUUGUGGCGCAGAAAAACCAGCUGACAAGUAUCCUGACCUAAGACCAAUGGGAUAUCAUUUUGAUAGACCUUUUAAAGAUGGAUCUUAUGAAAAGACAUUUUCUGGUUUGAAUAAUGCUACAGUAUCAGAUAUUUCAAUUCGUUGGGUUGAUAAUUUCCCCGAGGUCCAAGUUACUGCAUAA